AUGCUGUUCCCUACUGUGACCUGGCUCCUGUUGGUAGCAGGGCUGUUGGGUGUCUUGGCUCAGGACUACUAUGAGGAGAGAACAGUGAACAAGAGACCCAGGGGCAGGGGGGCCCAGCUGCAAGCUGCAGCCAUUGCAACUAACGUGCAAAAACAUAAUGGACAAGCCAUUUUAGAUGAGGACUGUGGUCUGGAGCUUACUUUCCUGCUGGACAGCUCUGAGAGUGCCAAGGAGAACCAUGAGCAGGAGAAGCGCUUUACCAUGGAUGUGGUGGACAGGCUCCAGGCCGCCCGUCUGCAGACGGGACGCAGUCUGAGCUGGAAGGCGGCCCUGCUGCAGUACAGCAGUCACGUCAUCAUCGAGCAGACCUUCAAGCAGUGGAGGGGCAGUGACAACUUCAAGUCCCACAUCACCCCCAUUGUCUACAUCGGCCACGGUACCUACACCACCUACGCCAUCACCAACAUGACCAAGAUGUACCUGGAGGAGUCCAGCCCAGACAGCAUCAAGGUGGCCAUGCUGCUCACUGACAGCAUCUCCCACCCCAGGAACCCAGACAUCUUCUCAGCUGCCGCCGAUGCCAAGAACCAAGGGGUGAAGUUCUUCACGGUGGGCAUCACCCGUGCAGCCAACGAGUCAACCAACGUGGCCCAGCUGCGUUUGUUGGCCAGCUCUCCUGCCUCCCGAUACCUCCACAACCUGCAGGAUAUUGACAUUGUGGAGAAAGUCCUCAAAGAAAUUACUGACCUGGCUGAUGAAGGGUGUCCCCUGUCAAAACUAUGUGCCUGUGAGAAGGGCGAGAGAGGACUCAGUGGUUUAGCCGGGAAGAAGGGUCGCCCAGGAGAAGAUGGAGUCCCUGGUCUUAAAGGAUCGAAGGGAGAGGGAGGACUAAGUGGACUUCCAGGUCGGGACGGCAGAGAGGGAAAACCUGGUUACAAAGGAGAGAGGGGUGAGAGAGGCGAGUGUGGCACUCCAGGAAUUAAAGGAGACAGGGGUCCUGAGGGUCCAAUGGGCGCCAGAGGAGUCAGAGGUCUCCAGGGUUUACCCGGACCACAGGGUGACAUUGGACCCGAGGGCCCUCAUGGAAAGAAGGGUGACCGGGGUCCAGCUGGCCCGGCUGGAAUUCAGGGAGAAAAUGGUAUUGGACUUCCUGGACCAAAGGGUGAUCUGGGAUUCCAGGGAAAACCCGGCCCCCCUGGUCCACCAGGGUUGGGUGAACAAGGCCAACUAGGGCCUCAAGGGCCACAAGGUUUUCAAGGGGAGAAAGGACCCCACGGCGAGGGGCUCCCUGGGCCAAAGGGAGACCGGGGGCUGGCCGGACCGAGAGGGCCUAGAGGACAGACGGGUGCAGGAAUCAAAGGAGAAAAGGGUGAGUUCGGGCCUCCAGGUCAUCCAGGACUUGUUGGACUUACGGGAGCGGGCAUCCAGGGGGAGAAGGGAGUGGAGGGUCCCAGGGGUCCACCUGGCGGCAGAGGGCCUCAAGGAGAGGGCUUACCUGGACCUAAGGGCGAUCAAGGUUUACCAGGAGAGCUUGGAGCUACAGGGGAGAGAGGCGUUGGUGAGCCAGGGGCAAAGGGUGAGCCUGGUGCAUCUGGCCUGGCUGGCUUACCUGGUCUUCCAGGCGAGGACGGGGCUCCAGGACAGAAGGGUGAGGUGGGUGUAGCUGGCAUAAGAGGUCCUGAGGGAGCAGCAGGGAUCGGCACCCAGGGCGAGAAGGGAGACCAGGGUCAGAGGGGCAUCCGUGGAUUACAUGGACCUCCUGGCAUGACCGGACCGUCAGGGGCAAAGGGGGAGCCUGGCACACCAGGCCGACUGGGCAUGCCAGGACUACCGGGACGGGCCAUUGCAGGUCCCAAGGGUGAUCUAGGCCCUCCUGGUCCCUCUGGGCCUAUUGGAGAGACAGGCUAUGGGCUACCUGGGCCAAAAGGUGACCGUGGUAAUCCAGGUCCAUCAGGUCCUUUUGGGCCCAAAGGUGAAGGUUUCCCUGGUCCAGUGGGUCCUCCAGGCCUUCCAGGUCUACAGGGAGAGCAGGGCCCUGAGGGUGUUGGCAUCCCAGGACCUAAGGGAGACAUUGGCUUCAGAGGAUUGCCAGGUUUGCCAGGCCCAAAAGGAAAGGGUGUGCAAGGACCACCGGGUAACAUGGGAAGGCAAGGACCCCCUGGUCCAAACGGGCCCCCAGGGGAAGGUCUGCAGGGCCCCAAGGGUGAGCAGGGGUCUCAGGGUGUGACAGGGCCAAGGGGACCCUUAGGGGAAGGAUUCUCAGGAGCUAAGGGCAACCGUGGCUUGCAGGGUGAGAGAGGAAAUAAGGGUGUAAAGGGGGACAUGGGAGAUCCUGGGGUUCCUGGAGAGUCUGGGAGGCCAGGAGUAAAGGGUGAAGCAGGGCUUACAAGAGAAGACAUCAUUAAAUUGAUCAAGGAAAUCUGUGGAUGUGGAAUCAAGUGCAAGGAGAGGCCAAUGGAGCUUGUAUUCGUCAUUGACAGCUCAGAGAGUGUUGGUCCGGAAAACUUUGAAAUCAUCAAGGACUUCGUCACAGCAUUGGUGGACCGUACCACUGUUGGACGUAACGCCACCAGAAUUGGACUGGUCCUGUACAGUCUGGAUGUCCACCUGGAGUUCAAUCUGACGCACUACAUGACCAAACAAGAUGUCAAGCAGGCCAUCAGGAAGAUGCCCUACAUGGGUGAGGGCACCUACACUAGCACUGCCAUCCGGAAGGCUACCCAGGAGGCCUUCUACAGUGCCCGUACUGGGGUUAGGAAGGUGGCCAUUGUUAUCACAGAUGGACAGACAGACAAACGAGAGCCUGUGAAGCUGGACAUUGCUGUGAGGGAGGCCCAUGCUGCCAACGUUGAGAUGUAUGCCCUGGGGAUUGUCAACACCUCAUAUACAAACCGGGCCGAGUUCCUGCGUGAACUUAAUCUGAUCGCCUCUGACCCUGACAGUGAACAUAUGUACCUCAUCGACGAUUUCAACACUCUACCAGCUCUGGAGUCAAAACUUGUUAGCCAGUUCUGUGAGGAUGAGAAUGGAGCCCUUGUGUUGAAUCGCAUCGCUAAUGGCUUUGGAAGGAAUGGGAACAACGGCUAUGGGAACAACGGACAUGGGACCAACGGACAUGGGAACAACGGACAUGGGAACAACGGACGCACCAGUUCCCAGAGUCACAUCAGAGGCCGUGGAGAUAACUUUACUCUGCCCCUCAAUCCUGGACCACUCCCAGUGCAGGUCCAAGUGGAUGAUGAAGAGGGUGAAGAUUUAGACAUAAGGAACCGCGUGCGAGGAGGUAGUACUGUGGCUGUAGUUAACAAAACAGUAUCCAUCCUCCCUGCAAGGGAAAGCUCCCACUCCAACACAGCUGUCUCAACAUCAUCAUCAGGAUCAGCAUCAUCAUCAUCCUCAGGAACAUCAGGUUCACCUUCCGAUGUUGUUUUGUCAGAAUCCAUCCCGCUCGAUCCCCUCUGUAACCUGAGUUUGGACCAAGGCACCUGUCGAGAGUAUAACAUCAGGUGGUAUUACGACAAACAGGCCAAUUCCUGUGCACAGUUCUGGUAUGGAGGCUGUGAAGGAAAUGCCAACCGUUUUGAGACAGAGGAUGAGUGUAAGAAGACCUGUGUUCUAUCUAGAACAGCUGGUUAAAACAGGCAGAUGAUCAAUCAACUCAUCAGAACAAUCAUCCAUGGAACCAACUAACCAAAGUGCAGAGGAUUAUUUGAACAGUAUUUAAUAAUAGUCAACUACUGAUAUCUAAAUAUGGUAUAUUUACAAUAGGCAUUUAUCAUUGGAAAUAACUAUCUUUUGCAGCUCUCUGUGUCUCUCUCUCUUGAGGUGUAGAGAAUUGGGGAGGGACAUGCUACUUCUAGAUUUCAUGAAGUUGCCUUUCUUUUCAGAUGUAUGGUUAUUUGAACAACAUCUUCAUAUUUAUGUGGACUUUAUUUACGGAAGUCUGAAUUUGAAGAAAAUAACGUUGCUAUGGUAACUGUUUUAUUACAUUUGAAAAAUGAUCACAUACCUUACUCUUAUUAAAUUAAUAUUGGAUGAACUAAUCCAUUCAAUACCUCAAUGUUACUCAACCUUAAGCUGUACUGAAUAAAGGGGAGAGGUUCAAGCCCAACUUUUGUCAUUUCAGGUUUACCUGAGAAAAACAUCACAUAAUGUCAAUUCUCAUACCUCUUAGCCAUAAGCAUAUUGUGCUGCAUUAUGUUGUCCCACAAUAUCAUCUUAUAAUAUAGGGAUAGUCUUCUAGAAUACAUUAUUUUUGUAGUAUAUGUUUGAAUUCAGUUUUUUUUAAGCAAAAUAAAUUAAAUAGGUGCUGUAAUUAUUUUUCUUGUUUGUUUAAUGAUAUGAAUUAGUCCGUUUUAGUGACAGUAUGCAACUUGUACUAUGGAUUUUUAUUUCCUUAGUGUUUUAGGAAAUCGCACGUUACUGUUGAUG